AUGCAGGCCUUCCAUGCCGCCUUGGCCAUCCUCCUCUGUGCCCUGGCCCUCUGCAGCCAGGAACACUCGAUGCCACAUGGUGCCGACACCCCAACAGCCUGCUGCUUCUCCUACACCUCCAGGCCAAUAAAACGCAAAUCCGUGGUCAGCUAUUUCGAGACCAGCAGCCAGUGCUCCAAGCUGGGCAUCAUCUUUCAGACCAAAAGGGGCUGGUGGAUCUGUGCCAACCCCAGUGAGGCCUGGGUCCAGCACCUUAUCUGCGACCUGGAGAAGAGUACCAGCUGGUUUGGAGAUGGUGGGAGCCCACAUGACCUUGGAGUGCCAAUGAACCCAUGUGCCCUUGGAAUGCCAAUGAGGCAGGGGGCUGAUCAUUGGAAGUACCGCUUCCCCCCAAUGGAUGACUCUGCCGUGAUUUGCCUGGGGUGUGCAUUCACACGCUAG